AUGUUGGCUACUCUUGGUGCUUUGGCUAUUGAGUGGCUCACUGGUGUUACAUGGAAGGACGCUGGAAAGAAGACUACGGAGUCAAGAUCCACCAUCACUCUCUUUACAACCAUUCCAUUCAUCUCUGCUUUAACAUACAAUGAAUGGAGAAAUGCAGAGCUCGACCCAGAGAAGAGGUUGUACCUUGGUGGAAAAUUCUUUUACCCUCUAGGCUUAGCCACCAACCCGGAGAAGAAGGCCACCCUUCAGCUUGCUGAGAUCAAGCAUGCCCGCCUCGCCAUGGUUGCGUUCCUUGGCUUUUCCGUCCAAGCCGCCAUCACCGGUAAAGGCCCUCUCAACAACUGGGCUACACACUUGAGUGACCCUCUUCACACCACCAUUGUUGACAACUUUUUCUCUUGA